AUAAGGGUGAUCUGGGAGUUGACCUCAAAUGCUUUGAUAGAGACUGUUUUUAUAUGCCUGGUGGCUUGGACGGGAGUUAUAACGAGCUGGGAAACUGACGACUUGCCAUCGUGCCCAAACUCCACGUAAUCAAUUUUCACAGGCGUGAGCUGUGAAACCUCUAUUGGUGUAUGUGCGGUAACAACAUGUCUGUCCCCCUCCUCGCCGAUGCCGUGACCAUUUCAGGGGCAGAGCGGGAGACUGCAGCGGUCAUUUUUUUACAUGGGCUUGGAGACACAGGGCACAGCUGGGCUGAGGCCCUGUCCUCCAUCCGGCUUCCUUAUGUGAAAUACAUCUGCCCUCAUGCGCCUAGGAUCCCUGUCACCCUCAACAUGAAGAUGGUCAUGCCAUCCUGGUUUGAUUUGAUGGGCCUGAGUCCUGAUGCACCUGAGGAUGAAACUGGAAUUAAAAAAGCUGCUGAGAACCUUAAAGCGGUGAUCGAACAUGAGAUAAAGAAUGGGAUCCCAGCCAACCGUAUCAUCCUGGGAGGCUUUUCACAGGGUGGCGCGCUGUCCCUCUACACGGCGCUCACGUGCCCACACCAACUGGCUGGCAUUGUGGCCCUCAGCUGCUGGCUCCCCCUGCACAAGACCUUUCCUCAGGCAGCAAAUAACAGCAUGAACAAAGACAUCCCCAUCCUACAGUGCCAUGGGGAGAUGGACCCCAUGAUCCCAGUCCGCUUUGGAGCCCUCACUGCCGAGAAACUGAAGGGCAUUGUGACUCCAAGCAGGGUCCAGUUCAGAACCUACCCAGGAAUGAUGCACAGCUCCUGCCCUCAGGAGAUGAUGGCUGUGAAAGAAUUCAUUGAGAAGCUGCUGCCCAGGAUUUAAACAAAGCUACUCGAGACUGUUGCAGGGAGAGGAGACAGAGUUCACCACCUGUGAUCUUUAACCUUGACCUGCCCAGCUGCAAAUGGGGAGCCACAGCAAUCCACCUCCACGUCAGCCA